AUGACACGGGGCGUGGGCGGGGCCAGAAAGUUUGCCCCGGCAGAGGGGCGGGGCCGCAGAGUUCCCGGCGGGGCGGAUGCUGGCGCUCUUUCCCGUGAAGCCGCGGGCGGGUCGGGAAAUUCCGUGUCCGGACGGGGCGAGUGUUGCCUGGGAAGACCGGGGUAG